AAAUUGAAACUGAACAACGUUUUUACAUCACCUUUCCCCUUUCUGUAUACUGCCCCUUUUCCUCUCUCCUCACCUAAACCUACGCUGCCUUUAAAAGUAGAAACUGCGUCUCCUGCAAUAAAACCAUAAUUUUACUUUCUCGGCCACUUCUCCCUCCCUUCUCUUUCUUCACGUUUCCAUCAUUUUCCCAUUUUCUCCUCCCCACCUCGCCAACUCUCUGCUCUUUCUUCCUCCUAUAUACCCUCCCAUUCCAUUCCAUCUUCAUCUUCCUUCAAUCCCUCUCAACUCUUUCGGUGUUCUCUGUGUUUCUUUCUUCCUUGUGAAAUUGCAGCCGACACAGAAAAGACGACCAUGCCGUUUCCCUGGAAGAAAAAGAAGGUCGCCCGAUUGUCCAAUUUCGUCGCCGAUCUUCACUCUCCCAAGCGCGGUUCCUCUCUCGUCGUCCAGACCGGCUUCCCCACCUCCCUCAUCGACCUCUUCGUCAAGAACCGCAGCCGCUUCCAGAAGCCCAAGCCCUGGAAACGCCCUCCUCACGAAAUCCAUGAUCCGCCACCGCCGGGACCGGCCGAUUUGAGUGGCUGCGUCCUUCCUCGUGCGGACCCGAUUUGUCCGGAGGCCUCCACUUCGAAGCGGUUGGUGGGAAAUGGAGAGGAUGGGGUCCCGGGUUCGGAGCAGGUCCGUGACCGGUUAGGUGAGUGCAGUGGCGGAUCGAAUUCGGAUCCGAACAAGAUAAUUGCCGCAGUCUUGAAGAUGCUUGUGGUGCUGGCUGUGAUUCUGAGUGUGAAGAAGCUUACCUUCGGGAUCACAAUAUCCGCAUUUGUGCUUCUGUUGCUUGAAUUUGCUGGGAAACAUUUCGUUUCCUGGUCUAGACCUUGCUCCGACGCAAACAUGGCGUUCAAAUAUUUCGCCCAGAGGAUUUCUAUUUGUAAUUGGUUUCAAAAUCCUGUGUCGGUGAUGGGGAAUAGGCAGAGUUAUGAAGGUUCAGAGCCACCAUCACUUGUUCGUGAAAAGAUUGAAGUUCCGUUGAGCUCCGGUUCUCCGUCAGUGGAUGAGAUUGAAAUUGUGGAAGCCAAGAGCGAAAUUGGGACUGAAAAUCGUCGUGAAGAGAUUUGUUUUCUGGGAUCUGCACUAAAUUCCUUCUAUGAAGACAAGAAAGGAGUUGGUUCAGAAAUUGAGGAGGCAUUUUGUGAAAUUACGCAAGAUAAAACCAAGAGUAAAAGAAGUGGCAGACUAAAAUCCAAGAUAGCGAAGAGCCUUGUGCCGAAGAAGCUUCGAGGUUUGAAGAAGAAAAAGAGAACCAAAGAUAGGGAAGAAAUAGAAAAGCUAAGCAAAGAGAAGGAAGCAGAGUCAGGCGGUGAAGUUCCAAGUUCAGUGGAAUUAGAUGAAUUAGCAAUCUCUGAGAUAGAAGAAGAGGGGGGAGAAGGUAUUGAAGAACAAGAUAUUUGGAGCAAGCCAGAGUGCAUUGAAGAUGAGGAGGUUGAUUUCGGAGUCACUGGUUCCUAUCGGAAGGGAGAGGAAGGUGAGGGUAAUAUACAAGAACAAGAACAAGAGAGAAUUGAUAGAGGUGGGAGCUCAGAAUCAUCAGGGGCUCUAAUGUUGUUGGGAGUUGCUCUUGCUGGGCUAGUAGUGGGUCGCUUCGUUGCAUUUUUAUUUGCUGUGACAUGGAUGUUUAUGCUAAAGAUACUUAAAUCUCGAGGAAGAUCACUGAAUGUGCAUCUUGUCAAGUCUUGUGAACUAAUAUCUCCAUAGAAAACUGAGUUCUUGCUCACAGAUUUUUCUCUCCUUAACAGCUUUCAUUUGUUAGCGGUUAUAUAUCCUGCUUUCCAAUCUGGAUGAUGCUCAUCCAUGGAAUUGUUGAUAAGCCAUUUUGAUUGGUUGUACCUUAUUGGAAUACAAGUUCAUAGAUGCAAAUCACAGUGGGAGGGAUCAAUUUCCCCCCUGAAAUUAAAGAGGAUCUUAAAGUGUUGUUGUCCAUUGCAAUAGGAAAUCUCUUUCUCGCCUUUCAAAGCUGA